AUCGCCACCACGACUUGGCUCCCUUGUCUCGCUUUUCUACCACAAACACCUAUUUUGCGUCCAUAUAUCUCACCAGAGCCCAAGAUGGACUCGUUUGAUCUCUCCAACCUGCAAAUGCCUCAGAGCGGCUCUCAACUACUCGCCGAGCCCACACCAGACAUCAGCUCCAGCUCCUCCCGCACAGGACACGGGGGCGAUGACCUCUCACUCUCAGAACUCUCGCUCUCGGAGCGCGCACAAUCAAAACCUGGACACCGACGUCCGUUCAGCCUCCUCGCGCGACCUGAAUCGCCCGAUGAGAGCGCAGUGGCGGACGGGGACGCGGAGGAGAGUGAGGAGCCCGAUAUGGAUGGAACAAUGACGCAGGAGGAUUUGGAGAAGGCGAGAAAGCUAGCGGCUAAGACGCGAGAGGAGAAGCUUCAGCACGACCUCUUCACUCUCAAGAAGCUGAACGCCGCGUUUGAAGUGUACAAGGAGGCGCUGCGGGAGACGAAGUCAAAUACAGAUUUAGUUGCCGUACAACUACAACAUACAAACGCGCUCCUCGACAAAUACGUCCGCAUAUUGGAUAAAUCCGAGAAGAUCACCAAACUUAUUCUCGACGAACGAUGGCAAGGCGCCGAAGCCGACGAGGAACAACUUGACCGCGAAGAGCAAGAAGCGGAGGAGCGUGCGCAGAGGGAAGAGGAAGAACGCAUACUGGCGGAACAGCGCGAGCGCGAGCGGCGAGAACGAGAGCAGCGCGAACGAGAGGAGAAAGAGCUACGCGAACGCCUCGAACGGGAGAAGGCCGAAACAGCUAAAUCAGUAUCGCGGGGCAGCGGCGUAAGAGGCGUGCGCGGGACGCGUGCUUCGAUGCGUGGUUUGCGAGGUGUUUCUCGCGUCGCGGCGCCAACACCCAGUACGCGUGGGAUUCCACGCGGAGGUACAACUACUGGCAGCGGUGGGUCGGGGAUUAGGCGUCCAGCGACCACCUCAUCUACUCGAGCCUCAGCCACAAGCGGGAGGGGAGGUAUUCCGCGGCGUACAUGAAUUGCAGGACCACUGCGAACCUCGUUCCCGGGCCUGAUGCUGCCCGCUUUGUUCAGGAUGGGGAACGAUAUGGCCCGUUCCUUUCCAGUACGAAGUGGGCCAUACUCACCGUUCAGCCACGGGUGUGGAUCACGUCCCGCCCGCUCUCGAAACGCGCGCACAUCUUAGGGUGUAGCAUUUUGGCGACAUUCCCAGCCUCAAGUCGGUCAGAAGCAGCGGCAUGUUUUGGGGAUGCCCGCCUCCUGGAUUUGGACGAUGUAUACUCGCAUAUAUCGGGGCACCCUCCAGGCGACUAUGAC